AUGGACUCGGCCUUUUAUCCUGAGUUUUUGGAGCCAUCUUCAAUGGAGUCUCGGUAUCACAUUGAGUUUACGAAGUUGAAACUCACUAGUAAAUGUGGUUUCGGUCGAGUUAUUCAUGUGUUGAAGAAGGAGAUGCUUAUUUUGAUGAUGAAAAGAUGUGAAAAGGAGGCCACAGACGUUGCUGGCUCUAAAGAACUAUACAAAGAACGUCUAAUGCGUUUGUCUUGGGCUCUCGUUCUUUCCCAUCAAGCCGGUGAUGUGCAAUGCGGAAUAGGAAUGCUUGAAGCAUUUCUUGCAAACUCGGAUCCUCCUUUAAAGCAUCCGAAGAAGCUUCACCUUCUUGUUGUUAUGAAACCUGGUUGGAGACAAGCUUUAGUGCUAAAGGAGAGCAUCCAAGACAAAAAUGGUGGAUCUGGUGAUGAUGAAGAGAAGGAACUUCUCUCCAAGGAAAGCAGUGGAUCUUAUGACGAUGAAGAGAACGAACAUCUCUCGAAGGAGAAGGAUUUACUAAUGGUCCAUUUACUUCGCACUGCUUGCUCUUCUAAAGAGCUUUUGUCUGAUUCAUUGCUUCAGAUAACCGGUGAAUUGAUUGAGCUUGGUUUAUUGCAUGAAGGAGUGUUAGAAUUAGCUUUAAGUCAUCUCCAGACUUUUAUAUCAUUUUCAAUGAUGCACACAAACUAA